AAUUUUAUUUAGUGCUACAUUCUUAUGGUGAUCUGUUUGUAAGCAGCUAAGAUGGCUUCUGCUUUAGAAAAUUUAGAAACACAAUUAGAACUUUUCAUUGAAAACGUUCGACAAAUUCGUAUAAUAGUUAGUGAUUUUCAACCUCAGGGACAAAAUGUGCUUAAUCAAAAAAUACAAGGAUUAGUCAACGGAUUACAAGAAAUAGAUAAACUCAAGUCACAAGUUCAAGAUGUGCAUGUUCCUUUGGAAGUGUUCGAUUAUAUCGAUCAAGGUAGAAAUCCACAGUUAUAUACUAAAGAUUGCAUUGAAAAAGCGUUAACUAAAAACGAACAAGUUAAAGGAAAAAUAGACGCAUAUAGAAAAUUUAAAGCUAAUAUGUUAGUGGAAUUAAAUCGAGUUUUUCCAAAUGAAUUAGCUAAAUACAGAGCAGUACGUGGAGAUGAAUGAAGGAAAAUCUAAAUAUCAAACGAUUCAUUAAGGCUGAUAUAUAUAUAUAUAUAUAUAUAUAUAUAUAAUACAUGUGUAUGAAUUAUUUCAUUAU